AUGGACGAGUUGAAGAAAAUCACUGCUAAGUUUAGUUCAAUGUCAAUAAUUAGUGCAGGACUUGGUAUAAAAUUGUACUAUGGUUUGUUAAAAAGUGGGCAGGUUGCAGCUAUUACAGAGUUAGACUGUAGAAGGGAACAAGCACAAGACGUUUUAGCUUUGAUUUCUAUGGUAUCGAGGCUUAAACACGAGAAUGUGGCCGGGCUUCUUGGAUACUGUGUAGAUGCUGAUUGGAGUUUACUUGUUUUUGAGUUUUCUUUAAUUGGAUCUCUACAUGAUAUUCUUCAUGGAGGAAGUAAUGAUAAAGGUGCACAACCAGGUCCAGUUCUAUCAUGGUCCCAAAGAGUUAAAAUUGCUGUUGGGGCUGCAAAAGGGCUUCAAUACUUGCAUGAGAAGACACAACCUCCACUUGCUCAUGGUGAAAUGAAGUCCAGUAAUGUUAUGCUUUUUGAAGACCAUGUAGCUAAGAUUAUAUAUAUUGAUUUAAAAAAGCAAACCCCAUACAUGAAAGUAAUUUCUGGAACUACCCGUAUUUAUGCUCCCUCUGGCUAUCAUUCACCUGAAUAUGCCAUGACAGGAGUGACUAAUUUAAAGAGCGACAUUUAUUGCUUUGGAGUUAUUCUCCUGGAACUCUUGACUGGCCGAAAGCCUAUUCACCUUACUUUGCCACAAGGACAACAAACUCUAGUCAGCUGGGCAACACCAAGACUCAGUGAAGGUAAGGUGAAUCAGUAUAUUGAUGCAAGACUGAAUGGAGAAUACCCACCAAAGGCAGUUGCUAAGAUGGCAGCAAUUGCGGCUUCAUGUGUGCAGAAUGAAGCUGAGUUUAGACCAAACAUAAGCAUUGUUGUUAAAGAAUUACGUUUCUCCUCGAUUGUACUUCAAGUCGAUACGAUUUCCUUCAUUGCUCCAUUCUUAGACCCUAACAUUCCAGAUAAGAACAUCGUCCGUGAUGUCGACGACGACCGAUUUCCUAAUAAGCUCUUGAAUCUCUUGAUAAGACCCCUUUACUUUCUCCAAGUGAAGUGA